AUGGAAGAUAGAUGUGGGAUCAGACAAGAGAUAAUUAAUGAAGGAAAGGUGCUUACUGAGGAGCAGCAAAGGGCUCUUUGUAUGCUAGUUACAGCUAAAGAUGUUAAGAGAGUGCUGAUGGACAUCCCUAAUGAGAAGGCCCUUGGUAAUGAUGGAUAUAGUUGUUUCUUCUUUAAGCAUAGUUGGGAGGUUGUGGGUCAAGAUCUUACUGCAGCUGUCUUGGAUUUUUUCCAAACAGGGAAGUUAUUGAAAGAGAUUAAUGUUACCUCAAUCACAUUAAUUCCUAAAGUAAAAAAUGCUUCCCAUGAUUAUAUUGCACAACAUAUUACUAUGCCGGGACAUAGUGAGAAUGUACAAAGAGCUGAGAGACAAAAACAGAAAUGCUGCCUUGUGAAGAUAGAUCUUCAAAAGGCUUAUGAUACCAUUAGUUGGGAAUUUCUAGAGGAGCUUUAA